AUGGCGGCUGAACAGGAAAUUUGCUGUAGCACCACAGGAAGAGAACCAACUUCUGGGGCAAGCAGUACAGCAGAAUCUACACUUGAGAAUACUAAAAGCUCCAGGUGUGCGGGCACGUGGGGACCUCCAGGUGUGCGGGCACGUGGGGACCUCCAGGUGUGCGGGCACGUGGACCUUCAGGUGUGCGGGCAGGCGGGAAACUCCAGGUGUGCGGGUAGGCGGGAAACUCCAGGUGUGCGGGUACGUGGGGACCUCCAGGUGUGCGGGCAGGCGGGAAACUCCAGGUGUGCGGGCAGGCGAGAAACUCCAGGUGUGGGCACGGGUAGGCGGGAAACUCCAGGUGUGCGGGCACGUGAGAAGCUCCAGGUGUGCGGGCUGGCGGGAACUCCAGGUGUGCGGGCUGGCGGGAACUCCAGGUGUGCGGGCUGGCGGGAAACUCCAGGUGUGCGGGCAGGCGGGAAACUCCAGGUGUGCGGGCAGGCGGGAAACUCCAGGUGUGCGGGCAGGCGGGAAACUCCAGGUGUGCGGGCAGGCGGGAAACUCCAGGUGUGCGGGCUAGCGGGAAGCUCCAGGUGUGCGGGCACGUGGGAACCUCCAGGUGUGCGGGCACGUGGGAACCUCGAAGGUGUGCGGGCAGGCGGGAAACUCCAGGUGUGCGGGCACGUGGGAAGCUCCAGGUGUGCGGGAGGGCGGGAAACUCCAGGUGUGCGGGCAGGUGGGAAACUCCAGGUGUGCGGGCACGUGGGAAACUCCAGGUGUGCGGGCACGUGGGGACCUCCAGGUGUGCGGGCACGUGGGAAGCUCCAGUUGUGCGGGCAGGCGGGAAACUCCAGGUGUGCGGGCAGGCGGGAAACUCCAGGUGUGCGGGCAGGCGGGAAACUCCAGGUGUGCGGGCACGUGAGAAGCUCCAGCACAUACUUAUUGCCUGAUGAUUCAAAGCCCUGA